CGCUCUUGCUCUUUGGCUCCGAGAUCGCCCACUUCCCGGUCGCCUCGCUUCCUUUACCCGCUGCGCAGCUUCCUGUAUUGCUGUCCUGGGCCGACGUUAAUGACUCACGCGCCGUUCUCCCGAGCUGUCUGACUGUCCUCCUCCCGCUGCUGUACAGCGCGAGCUCUCGUCCGCUCUCGCUCAGGUGAUCAAACACCACCUGAUCGUUGCUGAGAGCCGACGUGGUGGUCCUGGUGUCCUGGGUGGUGGCUUCCCCUCUUUUUUUGGUGUACUGUGCGUCCCCUGGUCCUGGUUUUCUCUUCACUAAAGUGUGUGUGGCUGGCUGUCACGUAUGACUGGGGUGACCUUAUUUUUCGUUUGAUCCCUCACACCCUUGUCGACCCAUCUCCCUGCGGACUGAGUCUCCAAUGAUGAAGAUCUGCAGCCCGGACAUGAAGUGCUCAGCUCUCGUAAUCCUGAUGAUCAACAGCUUCUGUGUCUUCUCACAAAUUCGCCAUGACACUUUUGUAAUUGUGGGCUGCUUCUACAAUGGGACAACUGAAAUUGAGUUUGAGGUUGAUGAUGAGGAGUUUUUGUAUGCGGAUUUUGACAGAGAUGAGCUUGUUUACACUGUGCCCAGAUUUCUUGUGGACGACCCAAGUAAACUAUUUGACAGUGAACAUGAAUAUAGGAAUGCAAAGAAAGGCAAGAAAUCAUGUUCAGCACUUGUGGCAAUCGCCAAAGCAGAGGAGAGAAACCCACCCGAACAAACAGACCCCCCUGAGAGCAUCGUCUACUCUUCAGAGGAAGUUGAGCUGGAAGUUGAAAACACCCUCAUCUGCUUUGUGAAUCAUUUCUACCCACCUGAGAUCAAAGUCACCUGGACCAGAAAUGGUCUUCCAGUGUUGGAGGGGGCAUCACUCAGUCGAUAUUAUCUCAAUAAUGAUCAAACCUUUCAUCAGUUCUCCACCCUGACAUUCACACCGAGGGAGGGAGACAUUUACAGCUGCACUGUGGAGCACAUGGCCCUGGACAGGCCUCAAACAAGGAUCUGGGAACCUGACUUUAGUCAUGACAGUAGUGUGGGACCAGAUGUUUACUGUGGAGUGGGCCUGGCUGUGGGUUUGUUGGGAGUCGCAGCUGGAACAUUUUUAAUGGUUAAAGGACACCAUGGACGGUAACAUCUCUGUUUGAGAGAUAUCAUACACAUGAAGUUGAUGAAAUUUACAACAAUCAUUUUGGAGUGCACUGUUUAUUGUCUUCUAACACGUGAAUUGGUUUAGAGACAGGUAUGAAUAUCACUCAUGCUGCCCCAAACACAUUCCAGAAAUCAAAAUCCAAUCAGGGCCAAUGAGGUAUCUGCGCGGGUGAUGCUGUAAAACGCUAACAAAACAAACAAACAAACAAACGCUAACUCUAACAUAGAGUAAACACAGCAAUGAGUGAAUUUAUUGCAGAAAUAGAGCCAAUAACAAUUAAACAAGAACAAGAGUAUGCAGUGUCUCGGAGCAAAGGACAUUUUUGCCUUUCUUCCGACUGGAUUUGGCAAAAGCUUGAUUUAUCAACCAGCUCUGUUGGUGAUGAAGAAGAUGUUCCUCAGUGUUUUGUUAUGCUGGUUGGCUGAAGGAGUUUGUCAAGGUGAGUGCUCCCACCUACUGAAAGUCUUUGGGGCAGCAUCAAGGUCAGACUGACACAGAGAGCAAAACAGAGUGUUGAGCUCAUUUCAUCAGGUUAAUAAACACCUGCUGACACUAAAUGUCAAGGAGUGCUUUGGAUUUACAAAUCUAAUAUGAAAGGGCCUUCAAAUAUGAAUGAAGCUUUUUAUUAGAUUUCUUUUUAAUUAAUGUUUCUGUUUACCUUCCAGGAUAUAUAACUUUAAUAUAUGUUAUGAAUGUUAAAGUUAUACACAGUUUCUUUUAACUGUACAAAAUAAUCUUUAUUCAAUUAGAUUAUGUCACUGAGAUCGAGAUUUCUUUUGCAACAGCAACCUGAGUGCAGUAUUGCUGCUGACUCUAUUGCUGUUCCUGUGUGUCAUAUUUUUAAUUUAUGUAUUGAUAAAGGUGUUUUCCCGCAGAAUUGGAAAAUUGCCAAAGUUAUGCCAUUAGCAAAGAACCCUGCUGCACCUUUCUCUGGGGCGAAUUGCCGAGUGAUUAUUUUGUUACCUGCUCUAGGUAAAGUAAUGGAGAGGAUUAUGUUUGAACAAAUUCAGUAUUAUUUUGAUAUCAAUAAUUUAAAUAGUGAUUUUCAACAUGCAUUUAGACCAGGACACUCCACUUGUACAGCUCUGACGCAUAUGACAGAUGAAUGGCGUAUGGACAUGGAUAAUGGGAAAUUAGUGGGUGUCGUUCUACUUGAUUUUAGUGCUGCAUUUGAUGUUAUUGACCAUUUUUUGUUAUUAGGAAAACUUAAACAGUAUGGUUUUAGUUUGUCAGCAAUGAAAUUGAUUGAGAGCUAUUUGACAAACAGGAGUCAAACUGUUUAUUUUAAUGGUAGUUUGUCUGAUAUUAAAUAUGUUGACUGUGGGGUGCCUCAA